GACAGACAUGAAAGUUACGGGACUAUUGAAGUUGGAUGAUAACUACUAUACCAAAUGUGCUUACUACGUAUCAGAUGGAGAGUACAGAGUUACAAAGUUCACGGUAAGCGAAGCAAAAUAAGCAAGUAAGCAUCAUAGCUCAUUAACCACCGCGAAAGAGAAAGAGAAAGAGAGAGGAACCAGACUGACACCGUCAUCCGAGCUCCUCACCUGGUUCUCUGCAUGAACCGCGCGUCUAUAACACCCCCCAAUUAUGGACAAGCAAGCAAGCACAACUCAGCCCAAGUUUCAUCAACCACACAGCCCAGCCACGGAAAACCCGGCACAACACCUCCCCAAGACAGCGGAGAAUCAGUCAACAACCAUCCCAACAUGGAAUCCGGCGAAUCCCAUGACAAACAAGUCGGCCGUGCCAAGAGUACUAGCCGGCAGGGCUGAGCGGGUUGACGUGGACCAUCUCGUGGCUGUGAGUGGCUGACUCUUGCACUUUCAACCAACCUCCCCGCUUUCUCAGCAUGAAAAAAGACGGAUUCUUUCGAGGAUUUUCUGUUUUGGUGUCUCUCGCGGCCCCCACCCGUAUCAUUACACCACUGAUACGCGCUUACACCCUGACCCACACGGAAUGAAUCGCCUGGCCGGGCUGGGUCGUGGACCCCUGAUCCAGAGACUUGUAAUGGGAUGGGAUGGAUCGAUCAUCUUUAAAACAUAAAUAGCGGGUUGUCCUUCUCUUUUUUUUUGUUCGCUCAUCUCCAUU